AUGAUAAAUAGUUCAACAUCAUGUUCAAUAUUUCCAUUAUUAAAUUGUUCAUGUUUUCAAUCAAAUUUAGAUUUAAAUCAUCCUUCACCAAUAAAAAUUUAUUCACAUUUACAUUGUCAAGGAAAUUCAUUAAAUAAAAAAACAUUUCAACAACCAUUUGGUUCAGAUUUUAAAAAUCAAAAUCAUUUUCGUACAAUAUCAAUUGAAUUUUUUCUUGAAAAAAAAAUUGAAAUUCAACCAAAUCAAUUUGAUUCAUUAUCAAUGCUAUUUUCACAAACAGAUGCUCAUGCACAAAUUGAAAUAUCUCUUCGAUUUAAUAAUUUUACUCAUAUAAAAUUUCAUAAACAAUCUAUAACAUCAAAUAUGUUCCAAAAAAAACAUCAAAAUAAACGUUUAUGGUUACAUUUUAUUCCAAAAAUACCAAAGUCUAUUCAAAUGAAAUCUGAUGAAGAUAAUUCAAUAAAUGUUGCUGAUCAAUUUAAAUUUUCGGAAAAUUGUUUUUCUGGUUUAACAGUAUCUCAAUUAAAUAUUUAUAUGCAUGCAGUAAGAGAUCAUUUUUCAUCAUUAUCAUCAUUUGAACAUGUAUUUAAUAAUACAAAUAUUGGUGAAUUACAUUUUCAUGGUUCUAUAAUCCCACCUGGUCCAUCACAUUUAAGACAAACAUUUAAAGGUCUUGUAAGAUCAUUAACACUUCAUCGUCAUGUUGAUACAAUUGAUUCAAAUACAUUUCCAUAUUAUUUUCCUGUUUAUUCAUAUAAUAUACAUUCUAUUGAAGCACAUUCAAUGGAUCUGAAUUCAUUUAUACCACAAUAUAAUAAUUUACGUGGAUUAGAAUUAAUUAAACCACGUUUUGAAGUAUCAAUUGAUAAAUUAAUUCCAACAUUAGAUUCUGUAUCAUUAGAUAUUGAAUCUUUAAAUGAACGAACACUUUUAGGUGCACAACAUAUUCAUAAUUUAAAAUUUGGUUCUAGUCUUCGUCGAAUAAAUUCUUAUGGAUUACAUAAAUUAUCAAAUCGUUUAAGACAUUUAGAUCUAUCUGAAGUUAAUUUAUCUGAAAUGACACCAGAUUCUCGUUGUUAUUUAAUUGAUUUUAUUCAUAAAAAUUAUCAACGUCAAUUAAAUUUAAUUCUUCCUCGUAUAGAAACAUUAACUGAAUGUGAUUGUGCUCGACUUAUUCUUCAAGAUAUUCAAUUAAAUAAAAAAUUUCAAGAAAAUCUUUCGAAUGAUAAUUCUUGUUCGAAACAAUGUCGUUUUAGUGAUUGUUCAACAAUAAGUGAUUAUUUUCGUGAAAAAUCUCCAUUAUUUAUUAAUCCUAAUCGUUUUAAUAAUAUUCCAAGUGAAAUAAAUGAUAAUUUACCAUCAGUUGAUGUAUUUUCUGAUUCACGUGAUAUUGAAACGAUGAAUUUUCUUAUUAAUCAAACAAAUAGAGAUUCAGAACAAACAGCACCUCUACCAACAAUAACAAUAACAUCAAAUACAUCUUCAACAAUUUUUCAAAAUUCUGACGAUGAUUUUUUUACUCAUUCAACUAUAUCUAAGCCAAUCAAUGAAAAUAUAAGUCACCCAUCCAAAUCUAAACUAAAAAAUAUUUUUUCUCGUAUCUAUUUUAUUAUUGGUGUUAUUUUUAUUUUCUUACUAAUUAUUUUUAUCAUUAGUAUUGUAUUUGCUAUUUUAAGAUAUAGAAAACAAAAGCAUUUAAAACCUAAACCUGUUUAUGUUUAG